AUGAAGCCGGUGGCCUCCUUAGUUGCUGACCCACCGCAACUGGUUUCUGAUCUGAUCGACCACACUAGAGCUGCGUGGCGAGAGGACUUGCUUAGACAGGUGUUCAUACCCAUUGAUGUGGAGGCGAUCUUGCAAAUACCGCUCUGUACACGGCGUGUGGAUGAUUUCUGGGCAUGGAAUGAUGAUCCAAGGGGGCGUUUUUCUGUACGAUCAGCUUAUAAGAUGAUUGUCAAGAUCAAGAUUGGGCGCGAGGCAUGGCUGGAGGAAAGGGAGGAUCCUUCCAACUCUGAACAUGAGAUGAGGGGGUGGAACUCGCUAUGGAACAUCGGCAUCAUCCUGGUUCUCAAUGUGUUGGCUGAGUACCCCGUCAUAGAAAGCGCUGCCAAGAUGUCCACGCACAUGAUUUUACUCGACAAAACCGGUUCACCGGCGCCUUCCGCACGGACAGUGGGAUUCAACAGCGCGCCUAUCCCCGCGUUCACGGAAAAAGGAGCUGCUUACAUCCUGCUGGUAGAGAGGGAUGAUCUCAUGGCCAACUGUGUGGUGGAUGACUACUUCGAGGUGCUGUGCUCCACUGACAUCAGCUGGGAGAAAAACUGGACACCUCCGGCUUCACCGCCGGGUCUGGGUCAUGAUCUGACCAUCAUGCUUGGUAAACAAGACCUCACCGAUGUUUCCAUUGACGUCGGCCGGGAGAGCUUCAGCGCACAUCGCUUGGUGCUCGCGACCCGAUCGCCCGUCAUAAGAGCGCAGCUCUAUGGCCCAAUGGCCGAAAGCAAGAUGACUUCGAUCACCAUCCAAGACAUGGAGGCCUCCACCUUCCGAUCUUUGCUCCAUUAUAUGUAUCAUGGUUCGCUACCCCAUGCUGGCAAAAAUGAUGGUAGUCGCCAUGUUGAUAGGCGUCUGCUUGUAGCCGCUGAUUUGGCGUCCACCAUAGCACAGUACCAGCAUCUGCUUGUAGCCGCUGAUAGGUAUGGGAUGGAGGAGCUGAAGAUGAUAUGUGAGGACAAGCUAUGCAGCAACGGUAUCAUCAUAGACAGUGUGGUCUCAAUGUUGGAGCUCGCGGAGGACCAUGUCUGCCCCAAACUCAAAGCUCGGUGCUUUGAUUUCCUCGGUGAUGGUGACAAUUUCAAGAUGGUCGCGACGUCUGGUGAGUACCUCCAUUUGAUGCAGAGUUUCCUGACCCUCUUGGUCGAAGCGCGGGAGUAUAUAACAACCUAA